CUUGAGCCCUUGUCCCGGCCCCCGCUCAUCGCGCUGCCCACUGCCCACCAUCCCCUGCACAUCUCUGUCUGCAGUGUGGCCUUGUCUGUCACCCAUCAGCCGAGGAAAACCUCUCAGCAACCAGUGUUGAAGGCGGACUUUGAAGCCCUAGUUGCCCGGGACCAAGACCUUCAGAGGCUGAGGCUGGGCCUGGUGCUCCCAGCAGCCCGGCACCCCCUCUCCUGGCAGCAGCGCCAGGAAGCUUUUGACAAAUACCUGCAUCUGAUCUACGGCCCAAGGCUGGAGGGGGUGCACUCUAGAAAGGCAUCCCAGCAGUGGAGCUCCAUGACCCUCUCCAUGGAGAAAGAGACCUGGGGUGCCAGCACCCCGCCAACAGCUGCCCACAGCCUCCAGUGUGCUGGGGUCUGCAAGGAAGAGCACACAACGCCAGCAGCCCCACCCCUAAAGGGCCUGGGGAGCCUGUCCCAGCACUUGGCUCGCCUUUCCAGGGCCGCCUUGCCCAUCCCGCCCGGCUUCCAGAAGGUGCACAGCAGGGCGUCACAGCUGCUGGCCCAGUCCUCACUGAUGCAUCUGAGCCUCAGCCUGGACCUGCAGCUGCAGCCGCAGCACUUCCGGGAGCGGGCGCAAGUGUCCCUGCAGCCCCUGCCCUCCCACCUGCCAAAAGGGAUCCUGCUGAAGAGGCACUCCAAGGAACUCCUCUGUAACUUCAAGGGCUUCUUCCCUGCCACCGCUCAUCCCCCAGACCAGCCCCUCCGGCCCAUCCUCUUUCCCGGCUUUGUGCCCAACUCGGUGGUGCUGCAGCACCUGUGGCUGCCAAAAGAGAUGGGAGCCCUCGGAGCCCUUGCCCAGCUCUCGUCGGGCCCCAAGAGACCCAAGCAGAGAAUGAGCCAGGACGACCAGUGGCUGUCGGGGCGCAGAAGGCGCGGCCGCGCGUGGCGCCAGAAGCUGCUCCGCUGGCUGCGGGGAAAGCCCGAGGACGAAGAGGAGGAGGAAGAAGAGGAGGACAAGGAGGACAUGGACUGGGGCUCGACUCCCACCUCCCUGGGCCCGCCGGGGCCGUGCUCAGAGCAGGCCUCGGAGCCGGAGCCAGAGGCUCAGAGCGCGGCGCACUUGAGCUGGGAGCCGCGGGGCUCCAGGUACGCAGACUACUCCGCGGAGAUGUACCAGAGCGCCGGGUUUCCCCAGAAGCACCAUCCCUGGGAGGAGCGCUACGCACACCUGCCCGGGUUCCUGCAUUACUUUGUCGGCGAGAACUGGUUCAAAAAGCUGUUCCCCAUCUUCACCCUGGAGGCGUACCCCGAGGUGGCCACGGUGGAGGGCCUGGCCUCGCUGCUCAUGCGCUUGCUGGAGGAGGCCUCUUGGGCGGAUGGUGUGUACAUCCUGGACGCCCUGCUGAUGUUGCUGCCGAACGUGAGUGGCGACCUCCGCAGCCGCCUGCGGGCCAUCCUCCUGCGCUUGCUCAAUCUGGACCAGCCGCCGAGCCUCCAGGACCGGACGCAGAGGCAGUUCGUGAUGCUGGCGCUGCAGCUGCUCCUGGCCUGCUCCCUCGAGUCCCGGGACGUGGUGCUGGAGCUCAUGUCCUACUUCCUCUACUCGCCAGCCGACUGUCAGCCAGAGCUCAGGAAGCUGCUGCGUGCGCUGGGCCUUCAGGACUCGCAGGGUUUCCUGUUCAAGGAGAUGACGACCUGGACCCAGGGCUCGGAACUCGACUCGAAGGCCUCGCUGCGCAGUCGCUGCGGCCAGAAGCUGGAGGGCAUGAUCCAGAGCCUGCAGAUGGAGAUCUUGCAGCCAUUUGCAGCGAGGUUGUCUGUGGCGCUGUCCAGUGCCCCGGAGUCCUCGGAGCAGGCCCUCUCCAAGGGAAGCCUGUCUCAGGACUCCCAAGACUCAGGGCCGGCCUCGCACGUCUUCCGGACGUCUUCGCGCGCCUCCGGGACGUUCUCGAGCCUCCCGUGGCCACCCGCGCGCGUCUCGGAAGGACCUUUGAGGAUGAUCUCGUCGCCGGUGCUGGACUUGGUCGCUCGGGACUCGCAGGCCGAGCCACCGCUGGAGCAGCGGCGCAGCUGGCGGGCCAGGCGGACGCUCUCGGACUCGCUGCGGGCCUUCUGCGCCAUACGGGACGCCUCCACGCGCGCCUCGGCGCCUGCUACCCUGCAGGGCCUGUUGCUCCCGCUCGAGCUGGCCGACUGGUCACGCUCCCAAUUGCUGGACCUGGAAUCCAUCGACGCGCUCAACUUCUUCUGCGAGCGGCAGCUGGAGCGGCAGCGGAAUUCGUUGCAAGAGGAAGCCAAGGCUGAGUCCAAGGCCGAGGCUCAGGCUGAGCGCACCAGUUCCCACCGACUCAACACCGUACUGCGGCGGCCCCUGGAUCACCGGUGCGCGCGGACGCGGGCGGGCGCGGGGGGGGGGACGCGGGGAGCUCCCGUGCCCGAGCCAGCCUUCUUAUGCCGCAGAUACCAACCCAUCCUUCGGCUUCAGGAGUCCAGGGUACAGACGGAUCGGAUGAACCUGAGGGGCUGGAAGCUGCCUCGGCUUGGUGUAGGUGGCCCCCUGCGGGUGCUGAAGCUACCACUGCCUCGGGCGGAGCCACAGCCCUUUCCCCCUGACUGGCCCAGGCCAGCCCGCCCGCUGCCCCCACUGCUCCUACAGCCUGCCCUGCAGCGCUACUUCGUGCCCGACCACGCGGACCCUGAUGGCUACGGUUGA